AUGGUACUACCAUCGAAAUUUGCUCGUGACCUAACAGAAUCAUCAUAUCGUACAAUUAACUUUAAAGAUCCGCAAGUACGCGCGCUAUUAUUAUCAUUAGGUACACGUGCAUUAGCAUUAGUUGGUUCGAUGGUUUUUAGUUAUUUUCUAAUACGUUAUGCAAUGAAAAGCAUGGAUCCAACACAUGAAGAAAAGCAACGUCAAAAAGAAUUAGCAGAAAUCAUAUCAAAGAAAAUGAAUUUACCGAAAGCGCUUGUAAAUAACUUUAAUGAAUAUGAAAUGUGUCUUUUAACAGAUUUAAUUAAUCCAAUUGAUAUUAAAGUUACAUGGCAAGAUAUUGGUGGUCUAGAUGAAAUCAUUGAUAAUGUUCGACAAACUGUUAUUUAUCCGUUACAACAUCCAGAAUUGUUUAGUCAAUCGAAAUUAUUAACCACGCCAAAAGGUGUUUUACUUUAUGGACCACCAGGAUGUGGAAAAACAAUGUUAGCAAAAGCUAUUGCAAGAGAAGCAGGUGCAAAUUUCAUUAAUCUUCAAGUUACUUCUCUUUUGGAUAAAUGGUAUGGUGAAUCUCAAAAACGUACAGCUGCAAUAUUUUCUCUGGCUAGAAAACUACAGCCAACAAUUAUCUUCAUUGAUGAAAUUGAUUCAUUUAUGCGUACACGUCAAAAUGAUGAUCAUGAAUGUACACGAAUGGUCAAAACUCAAUUUAUGACAUUAUGGGACGGUUUAGAAACUGACGCCAGUGAUCCACUAUCAAAUCGUGUUCUUAUUAUUGGUGCAACUAAUCGCGUACAAGAUUUAGAUGCAGCUAUUUUACGUCGUAUGCCAACACGUUAUCAUAUUUCAUUACCGAAUUUAAAUCAACGUAUGAGAAUAUUUGAAUUAAUAUUAUCCGAUGAACAACUCGAAAAAGAUGUUGAUCUCGAGCAAUUAGCACAACAAUCAACGAAUUAUACAGGUAGUGACAUAAAUGAAAUAUGCCGGCAAGCGGCCAUGCAACGUAUCGUCGAAUUGUGUCGUCAUCAACAAUUAAUUACGACUGAAGAAGAAUCUUUGUCUCAAUUGAGAGCUAUCAAACAAGCAGAUUUCAUUGAAGCAAUAAAAAAAGUACGAGAUAGCCAUCAACAUCAACAAUCAUUUAAUAAAUUAUUCCUUGACUGA